CCGAUUUCAGAGCAGGAAUCAAAACAAGAAACGGACACGCCUUCUUCGUAUCUUACCUUAGCUGUCACAACUGCAGAUAUCUGGAUGGUGCCAUAAAACAGUACCACCAGUAAUCAAGAAGAUAGAAUUAUAGCACUUUACAUGUGUGAUUCAAAUGGAGUCCGCAGAAAUGUCUAACGGUCGUUUAUAGGUUGAAUUAUUAAUAUUUGGAUCAGUAAAAUGCCCAACCAGAAAAGCAACAAGGGGAAGAGAAAACAACGCACUAAUAGUAGUGGAGAUGAACAAGAAAAUGGAGCCAGUGCUACCGCAACAGGAGGAGCACCAGGGGUAGCAACCACAACAACAACAACAUCGUUGGGGGCUACAGCUGCACCAUUAAACGCUCAUACAAGUGAGGCCCCAUGUGCCACGCCACACGUGUGCAGUCUGGCCAGGGACAUUAACCUGGAGAAGGAUGAUUAUCAGCGCGUGGUGUGCAACAGCGACAGCUGCCCCUAUGGAAACUGGAUGCACCUGCAGUGCUUCUACGAGUGGGAGAGCAGCAUCCUCGUCCAGUUCAACUGCAUUGGAAGGGCCCGGAGCUGGAAUGAAAAGCAGUGCCGACAGAACAUGUGGACUAAAAAGGGAUACGACCUGGCUUUCCGCUUCUGCUCCUGUCGCUGCGGCCAGGGCCACCUUAAGAAAGAUACGGACUGGUACCAGGUGAAGCGCAUGACGGAGGUGAAGAAGAAGAUGCCUCUGGAGAAGGGCAUGGGGAAGCUGGGCGGCCCAGCUGGUGCGUGCGGAGGCGGGCUGGAUUCGCCCGAGGACCCCAAGAAGGGCAAACUGCCUGGGGGUGGCAAGCUGGUUCCCAGAGCCUCCAGUCAGGAGCCGCCUCGCCGACAGUCAGUAGAUCGGCAGAACUCUCAAGAGAGGAGCCAUGGAGGCCUGUUUUGUGGAAGCAGCCUGGGCCCACGCUCUCCCUGUGACUCCCCGGGCCAGUCCCCUCCAUCAGGGUUCUCCUUCUUCUCCCCGCCAGCCUUUACUGGGCCCCGCAGCUCCCGGCACCUAGGGGAGUUCCUGAAGAACGCAGUGCACAUGGAGACCCACCGGAAGCACAUGCUGGCUAGCGGUAUGCUGGGUCGUGGAGGCCACCUGGAUCACACUAUCUUGCCCUUGCCUAGACUGACCCCAGGGGACAACCCAGUACAAUUCCUCCGAAGGCUUGACCUCACAGAGCUACUCACUCACAUCCCCAGACACAAGCUUAACACCUACCAUGUUCGUAUGGAAGAUGACGCCCAGGCAGGCCAGGGUGAGGACCUGAGAAGGUUCAUCCUGUCAGCUCUGAGUGCCAGCCACAGGAAUGUGGUCAACUGUGCCCUGUGCCACCGCACUUUGCCUGUCUUUGAGCAGUUCCCCCUGGUGGAUGGGACACUAUUCUUGAGCCCCUCCAGGCAUGAUGAGAUAGAGUAUGAUGUGCCGUGCCACCUGCAAGGGAGACUGAUGCACCUGUAUGCAAUCUGUGUCGACUGUCUGGAGGGAGUCCACAAAAUCGUCUGUAUCAAGUGCAAGUCCAGGUGGGAUGGGAGCUGGCACCAGCUGGGGACUAUGUACACCUACGAUAUACUGGCCGCCACACCAUGUUGUCAGGCCCGUCUGAACUGCAAACACUGUGGCAAGCCAGUCAUAGAUGUCAGGGUGGGAAUGCAGUACUUCUCAGAGUACAGCAACGUGCAGCAGUGCCCUCACUGUGGGAAUCUCGACUACCACUUUGUCAAGCCAUUCUCUUCAUUCAAAGUCUUGGAAGCUUAUUGACAAAUGUUGUGCAUGCAUGCUAGUACUGUUUAUCUUGUUUCAGUUUUUUAUCUAGGCAACUUUAUUUAUCCUUAAAUACCUUUUUCCGUUCUCAUGUAUAGAAAGAAUAUGACUCCACAAAAAUGUACAAGACAUCAUCUAUAUGAUUUCUGAAAAGGUUCUAUUCAUAACACGUUAAACGGUUUGGAACUGUUUGGCACUUAUAAAGACAAGCAACACAUUAUACUGUGACAAGUGAAUGUAUCUGUAUGACGAUUAUUAUUUCUUUUUUACAAAAGAACCAAAAAAUCUCUAAUAAAUCAGAGAAAUAAA